AUGCACUCUGACGAUGACUUGAUGACACGUGAUAACGAACGCUUGUGUAAUGGUAGUGGUCGUAAGUGUGAUGAGCAAAAUAAUAUUAGUAAUAGUUCAACGGACGAUUUAUCAUUAUGUUCCUACAGUGCUAUUGAUGAGAUCGACGAACAACCGUCUUUUAGCAGUUCAGUUUCUGACUCCAGUUCUAAUAUUAGCCAAUGCCAAGCAUGCAGAGUUGGAAAUCUUCCAACGGGUCUUCACAAAUGUGCACAGUGUGAUAAAUCUGUUCAUAUUUUGUUUGGUUGCUCCAUCAGAAUUCCUGGCACGACUGAAGGUUGUGGUGAACCGAGAAUUUGUCUUGAUUGCGAUGUAACGUGCCAACCACUUCAACUCACUUCUGAUGGUAUUUUGAAUUAA